AUGCGGCAAUGUAGCUCUUCAUAUCGGAUGUCUGGUUUAGAUCGGCGAACAAAUGUAGACGUUCAAAUUUUGAGUGCUGCUAGUAAAGCGAUUGCGGAGAAAUGCUUUUGGAACGCAUGCAAAGCGUUAUCUUUUGGAUUGUUUCUGAUGGCUGUCGGAGCCAUAAUGGCCAUUAUUGGAUAUUAUGCAGAACAGCUUUCAUCAGAUGACAUUAUCGCGAAAACUGACAGUGGUAAUUCAAGUACAUCCAUACGUACAACAAAAACAACAAAAAAAUCAUCUCAUAUAUUAUAUAAGUUGUCAUAUGCCGGACCAAUUGUGAUGGGCGUUGGAGGGUUCAUCGUGGUGGCGGCGUGCGUGAUGACAUUCGAGGCUCGCGAUCGGGCGGCCAAAUUCAUGUCCAAUCAAUUGAAAAUAAUGGGCAGUGGCGUUGGUGGGGGUCAGGUGUCGGGUCAUCGUGGCCACGGUCGCCAGACGCCGUCCGCCGGUUACCUGUCCAGAGGUGACAGCGGCCGGAGCAGCUACCAGAACCCGUGUGACGGCGGACGGCACAAGAUGAACAAGAGUCCUUCGGCGCCCAACCUGGCGGCUGCCGCGUUGGCGUCGGCGAACCGUGGACCAGGGGGCCCCGCACAGUCCGGCGUCGGCAGGCUGCCCCUCAGGCACAAGCACGCGGUGCACGUGAUGUCGUCUGGAGGUGGCGGUGGCGGCGGCGCGGGCCGAGCGCUGCUCAGUCCGCACACUUUGCGCCGACAGGCCAUGUCGAUGGACACGCAAGACUACAACCCGCUGUUCUCUCCGCCCCGAUCCCGGCACAGCAGUUCGGGUCUGUUGACGUACAGCAACAGCAACAAUUUUGGAAAUUUCAACUGCAGCAACAGCAACAAGCAGGGCGGCGACGGCAGCAGGGAGUCGGUCAACGAUCCUAUGAGGACGUCUUCCAGGGGAUCUCGGGGCUCGAUGGUACUGGACCUGCACGUGCCCAAUGAGUGUCCGGUAACGAUGCGGGUGCGGGACAGGAGCCGCCGGUCGGACACGGCCCGGCGGCACGUUCUGCGCAGGCAGACGCCCGUCGAGUUGGACGACACGAUCAUCGCGUACGCCGCAGCCUCGGCCAUGGCGGCGGAUCAUCACCGGCAGCGGGCCAAGCGGUGCACGCGGUCGGCCACUUGCGACGUGCCCCACGCGGUCAAGUCGAAGCGCAGACGACAGGACUCCAGUUGCUCGGACGUGGUGGCGGCCCGUCGGAGGUCCGGUUCGCCGGUGUGCGGCGGCGUCGUCAGUGGCAGUGUCGGGGGUCGCGGCGGCGGAUGGCGUUCGUCGGCCAACGAUGUCGUCGAUGCAGCCGAGUGGGCCAGGACCGCGAACCGCGGUACUGGCGGCGAUUCGGCCAUGUCAUCGCCGCAACGGUUCGCCAAUGACCGUUCGCCCGGGUCGACACCCAUACGACAACAGUCCCAGCCGACCACAGCCGCAGUGGACGGCAGCAAAAUGUCACUGUCUAGGACGUGUUCCGACAUCAUGUCCAUCGACAAGUCGUUCGAAGAGUCUAAUUACAGUAGUUCGUAG